AUGUUCCAAUGGAAAGUGCCCAUGGUGAAACUGUCACCCAAGAAGCUGCAAACAAAACGGGAAGUCCGCACUGUACUCCCAGAGGAACAGUACCUAGCUAAGCUUGAAAAGAUAAUCGUCAGAGACUACUUUCCCGAUCUUCCCAAACUGAAGGCUCAGACAGAAUACAUGGAUGCUAUGAAGCGCAACGAUAUAGCUAAAAUGCGUGAACUGCAGUUACGCUAUCACACAAGUCGUCGGACAGAUCGAAGAACGAGCCCAGCGACCACAGCUGCUACAUCUCCUGGACACCAAGCUCGAGCUCCAACAUCUCCUGUGAAUUUCGAUCCGGACACUCCUGGUCCUAGUCGGCCAGCUGAUUCUCUUCAAGCUACACCGCUUCCCUAUGCAAACCGUGAGGGUGAUAAUGAGGCGCUAAAGGAAGAUGCGAAGAAGGAAAAGGCUAAAACAGAUGAGCUGUCGGUGGAUGCGUACAUGAACAAGUUCACGUCAGAGGAUAAUGCUUCCUUCGAGGAAUUGGCAGCUGUCGAAAUAGCAAGAGAACGUGCAAAAAAGGGCUGGAUCGAAGAGGCAGAACGCAAGCAUAACGCGAAAAUGGUCACAUAUGGUGAACUACCGGCGUCUGCUGAUCUACAGCUGGCGAUAAAAUAUGACCCGGAAUUUGACAGAGCAAAGCCCAAGGAAGUUGACAAUUGGACCUACACUGCCCGUAACACGGUGUUAUUCCAUUUGGAAGGAGCUCCUUUAACAGCGGCUGAACGCAUCGAACAAGCUCGCAAAAACCAGCGAGUUAUUAACAAGUCAGGAACUCGAUUUCCUGAGGACGUCAAGAACAAGCCUUCAGAGGCAUCAAUGGCCCGUGCUAGUAUGAUGCAGUUGGCCAAUAAUGCAGGAAAAGUAGACGCCCAAGGUCAUGAAGUCGGACUGAAUAGCAAAACUUUAGGAUUGGUAGCGACACCAAGCCCUGCUCCUGGUAUUGAUGACUCACCUUUGAUGACCUGGGGAGAAAUCGAUGGAACACCUUUUCGUCUGGAUGCUUCUGAUAUGCAAGCACCACUCGGAAGUGGACCAACGUUCAAGGUAGCGUUGUCUGAUAAUAGGAUGCCUGAAGUACCGUUCCGAGAACAGGUUGCUCAGGGAAUCACCGACACAAUCGCAAAAAGAUAUCGUGACAAACGGCGUGCUGCGAUGGAGACCGCUGAAAAGGCUCAUAGAACACCGCGUUUCGGCUCUGCUCGUUCUUCCGCUCUAUCAAUGGCAACGCUUUCACCAGCAGCACGUCGAUUGGCUUCGAAUAAACUUGGCAUACGUUUGCCGUCGUCUGCCCACCAUCUGCGCGUACUUACGCCCACCACAAGAUUGGCCAGUUCACGGUUGACUCCCGGUGUGCGAUUGGGUUCGAAUACUCCACCUGGCAAGGAGGCAUCCGAGCUUGUAGUGAAGAAGGCGAAACCAGCACCAACGUCUUCGAUCACCGACAACCUGAUGCCAGUGUCCACCGAUGAGAGUGGGACAUCCACACGUCCCACCGCGG